AUGGCGACCAAGAUCUACAUAGUGUACUACUCGACCUGGGGACACGUCGCGACGCUGGCGGAGGAGAUGAAGAAGGGCGCCGACUCCGUCCCCCGCGUCGAGGCACAGAGCCUCUCGGGAAAGCCCGCGGGCGUCUUCUUCGCGACGGGCACCCAGGGCGGCGGGCAGGAGACCACGGCUCUCACGGCCGUGACGCAGCUGACGCACCACGGCAUGCUGUUCGUGCCGGUCGGGUACACGCACGGCGCCGGCAUGUUCGCCAUGGACGAGGUCAAGGGUGGCAGCCCGUACGGUGCCGGCACCUUCGCUGGAGCCGAUGGCAGCAGGGUGCCCAGCGAUGCCGAGCUCGCCCUCGCGGCGCACCAGGGCAAGUACUUUGCCGGCACCGUCAAGAAGCUCAAAAAUUCAACUGUACUGCAUUGA